GCGCGCGCAUGCGGAGGCGGCUGGGUGUCCACAUGGGUCCGCGAAGCGGGGCGAGCGCGGUGGGCGCAGCGGUGGCAGCCCUGUACGUGUCGGCCCUGCCCCACUCCGCGCCCGGGGGAGAUUCCGGGGAGUUGAUCACAGCCGCCUAUGAGCUUGGAGUUGCUCACCCCCCUGGCUAUCCGCUCUUCACAAUUCUGGCUAAACUGGCAAUCGAGCUGCUCCCGUUUGGCUCUGUUGCCUAUCGAGUGAAUCUUCUCUGUGCCUUGUUGGGGGCAGCUGCAGCAGGCUAUCUCUUUUACACCGUUUCCAGGCUUUCUGGCACGCACGCUGCUGGAAUCUUUGCUGUGGGGAUGUUUUCUUUCUCACGCCUAACAUGGCAGUGGUCCAUCGCGGUGGAGGUUUUCAGCUUGAACAAUCUUUUCGUGGGGCUGCUAAUGGCUCUCUCCGUGCACUUUGAGGGAGCAACUUCCGCAAAGGAGAGAUCAAAGAUCUGUAAAAUUGGUGCCUUUUGCUGUGGACUGAGCUUGUGCAACCAGCAUACCAUCGUGGUCUACGUGGCAUGUGUUGCCCUGUGGGUUUUCUCUCGCUUGUUCAGGGAGAGGGAAUUGACCGUGGGCCACAUGCUGAAACUGAGUUUCUGCUUCUUGGCUGGUUGCCUGCCUUAUCUCUACCUGCCUGCUUCUUCCUACCUCAACAAAGCACGCUGGACCUGGGGAGACCAAACUACUCUCAAAGGUUUUAUGACCCAUCUUCUCAGGGAAGAAUAUGGAACGUUUAGCCUGGCAAAAUCAGAAAAUGGAUCCAGUAUGGCUGAUAUAUUGCUUUCCCAGGUGACCCAUAUGAAGACGGAGCUUUCCCCCGUGGUCCAGGCCCUAGCAAUUGCAGCAUGCUUCUGUGCUGCAGCAAGACUGAAGGUGGAAAAGCUGGGUUUAGUGUGGCUGUUUACUUGGAUGCUCUUGGCAUACUCAUUUUUCUUUGCUUGGAGAGCAAAUCUGGAUAUUUCGAAACCUCUGUUUAUGGGGGUGGUAGAAAGAUUUUGGAUGCAGAGCAACGCAGUGCUGGCUGUCUUAGCUGGCCUCGGCCUCUCCUCGCUUUUCUCUCUUGGUGAGACGCUGGUUGAAAACGGCCGAGUGCUGCACUUCCUGGAAUGGCUCGUUGCUGCUGUUCUUGUGACGGGGCAAAUCUACUCCAAUUACAGUGUCUGUGACCAGAGCAGCAACUAUGUUGUUGACCAAUUUGCAAGGAACAUUUUGUCUUCCAUGCCCCCCAAUGCCAUCGUCUUACUGAGAGGGGACUUGCCUGGGAACUCUCUCCGUUACCUGCAUUAUUGCGAGGGAGUGAGACCUGAUGUUUCUUUAGUGGACCAAGAGGUAUGUGCAGCCAAGGGACUGAGUUAUGAAUCAAGAAACCUCUGGUGGAGAUCUUGCUGUUGCCAUGAAACUACUAGAGCGGUUUUGGGCAAGUCAAGGCAAGACCUUGAGCCAGCUGGAGAGAUGAUGACUUACCACUGGUACUUGCCAAAGUUGGCUAAACAUCUGCCUGGGGUCUUCUUUCCUGGGAACCGAUGGAAUCCUGUGGAAGGGCUAUUUCCUGAUGGAACAAUCACAUUUAAUCUUCAUCAUUUUCUCAAAGUAAAUAAACACAAAGAAAUCUUCGUCUGCAUCGGGCUUCACGAAGGUGACCCCACCUGGAGAAAAGCCUAUUCCCUUUGGCCCUGGGGCUCUUGUGACAAGCUAGUGCCUUCAAAAGAUCUUUUUGACCCAGGAGAGUGGAUUGAGCGUACUAGAAAUCUCUAUAACUGGAGUGAAGAAUAUGGAAGGUUUGAUUCGUCUUCAUGGGAGGCUGUAGCGAAUGAAGAGAUGUGGCAAGCCAGGAUGAAAACGGCCUUCUUUCUUUUUGACCUUGCAGAAAGUGCUUCCAGGCCAAUGGAUGUCAAAGCACAACUGUAUACAUUUGCUUACCACCUGUACAAAGAAAUCAUAAGUGCAUAUGAAACUCAUCCAGUGAACUGGCAUAAAAAUUACGCCAUUGCUUGUGAGAGGAUGCUGCGUCUGCACCCAGAAAGAGAAGACCCAGAAAUCUUGCUGUCCGAAACCAUCAAACAUUUCCUCCUUUAUACCAAGAAAGCGGCAGAUGAUCCCCAGGAAGACCACAUUUUGCAAACUGUCAAGCAUCUGAAGAAAGAACUUCGGGAGCUGAGAAAGGUGAAGAGAGGUGAAAAGAGGCAGCGGGCAUAGGAUGGCCUUGUGACCUCUUGUCUGUUAACGGCUCACUGGGAAGUCUUUGGGAAUAAUUCUUGGGAAUAAGAGAGCUGGAAUUUAAAAUGAACAACCCCAUAGAUCAGGGGUUCUCAAAGCUGGGCCCCAGAUGUUGUUGGACUACAACUCCCACCACCCACUGCUAACGUUUCAGCAGGGGAUGAUGGGAGUUGUAGUUCAAAAACUUGGGGAACCAGCUUUGAGAACCUCAGUCAGAGAGGGAAAUGAAGACUUGGCGUGUGUAUGGUGCUUCCUUACCAUAUCCUUGAUGAUGUGAUUACAAGGUGACCCCUGGGGGGGAAGAGAUUGCCCAUUCACCAAGCAUGAUUAAAGCAAUUGGGGCUUUGUGACCUCUCUUAUAAGAGAGCUAUAAGAGAGGAAGAGGUCUGGGAAAGAGAGCUGGUCUUGUGGUAGCAAGCAUGAAUGGUCCCCUUUGCUAAGCAGGGUCUGCCCUGGUUUGUAUUUGAAUGGGAGCCUAGUGUGAGCACUGGAAGAUAUUUCCCUUAGGGGAUGGGGCAGCUCUGGGAAGAGCAGAAGGUUCUAAGUUCCCUCCCUGGCAUCUCCAAUAUAAGGGUGGGAGAGACUCCUGCCUGCAACCUUGGAGAAGCCUCUGCCAGUCUGUGCAGACAAUACUGAGCUAGAUGAACCAAUGGUCUGACUCAAGGCAGCUUCCCAUGUUCCUAUAUAAGAAUGAGCUGAGCUUCUUCCCUGGGGCUACUGUUGGGAGCGGAGAUUGUGAACGUGGGCUGGGGGUGUGGUAGACCCCCCCCCCAUCUCAUGGAGUCGAUGUCUUUUGUUGCUCCGCACCAGGGCCUCCUAGGUCCUCUACGGAGCUGCUUCCCACUUCCCCGUGCAGUGAGAAAUUCAUAAAGCGCAUAAUUUCCACGCAGGGUUAAUCUAUGGAAUUUUCUGCUACGGGAUGUAGUGAUGGUCACCAGCUUAAGUGGCUUUAAAAGGGGCUUAGACAAAUUCAUGGAGGACAGGGACGAGUCUAUCAGUGGCUACUAGUCCUGUUGGCUAUAGGCUACCUCCUGGUUCAGAGGCAGGAUGCUUCUGAAUGCCAGUUGCAGUGGAACAGCAGCAGGAGAGAGGGCAUGUCUUCCUCUCUUGCCUGAGGAUUUUCCAGAGACACCAGCUCAUCUGCUGCUGCCCCGAGACUCUGGAAUGCGCUCCCUGGUGAAAUAAGAGCCUCCCCAUCUCUGACAAUUUUUUAAAAGUCUCUAAAGACACAUCUAUUCACCCAAGCUUUUGAACUAGAUCUAUGUUUGGUGGUGAACCAGGGAGGGUGGCCUGAUCUGCACCUCCCCCCAAGUUCGUUAAAAUUCCUUGCAAGAGCGGCCACCGUCUCCUAAGAGACAAAACGAACUUUAAAACCUUUACAAGAGUGUGUAGGCCAAGCAGGCACGUAGGGCGACAGAACGGAGCCCAUUUCCAGCCCAGAUCAAGUUUAAAACAAUUGGAAUCUAGUUGAUUUAAGAAGAUAUAAAACACAGAGCAGUUCACAGGCAAACAAGGCAAAAUGGUUGAAAUGCAGAAGCAAGGGACUUUCCGCCCUGCCUGGUGUUAGACGGGAAGCUCAGUAGAUCUUAGGUCUUCAGCUGUAGCUCAGAAAAUGAAAGCUUGCCUCAUGGUGCAAUUCUGCAUGCUCUUAGGAGCCAGGCAGCAUGCUCUGAGCUAGCAAAGCCAAACUAACACAAAAAGUAACAUUUUGGGCAUGGCUACCUCAAGACCCCACUCCAAGGACUUACAACCACUCUGCCUCAACUAACUCAAAAGCUGUUUUCUUUAUAGGGGAAAUUGUUCUCAAGCUUUUAAUUUCUGUUUUAAUGUGUUGCUGUAAACCACCCAGAGUUGGAAGUUUGGGGCAGUGUACAAGUAAUAAAUAAACAAAUCUGGUGGGCCACUGUGUGAAAUAGGGUGCUGGACUAGAUAGGCCUUACGUCUGAUCCAGCAAGGCUGUUCUUAAAUUUCAGGGCCGUGCUACCCAGGGUGCACAGUUUUCCUUGGGAGGAGAAAGUACUGGAGAUGUAUGUGGUCUUUAUGAUAUUUGCUUUACUUAUACAAAUAAAAGCCACCUAAUGGUGCAGUGGUGAAGCAAGCUGCCUAGAGAGCAGGAGGCUGUGGGUUCAAAUCCCCACUGGUGUGUUUCCCAGAGUAUGGGAAACUCCUAUAUCGGGCAGCAGCGACAUAGGAAGGUGCUGAAAGGCAUCAUCUCAGACUGCGCGGGAGGAGGCAAUGGUAAACCCCUCCUGUAUUCUAUCAAAGAAACACCACAUGGCUCUGUGGUCGCCAGGAGUCGACACCUACUCAACGGCACAACCUUUUCUUUUCCCUUUAUACAAGUAAAGCAUAAGUGGAGGCUAAGAGCAGGCUUGCCCACAAGUUCAGCCACCUCACCAUCAGAUCCCCAGUGCAAAACCCUGUGCCUUCAAGGCUAACCCACUCUCUGCUCUCUUUUUUCUGCACCUAUGGAACAGAGAGAGGCAGACCUUUUCGUGUUUUUACACACUUUGCGGGUCAGACUACACACAACAUUAAGCACGUAAUUGUAGUUCCAUCUUCUGGGGCCAAUGGCAGCUUCUCUUAGGAACCCAGGAAGCUGCCUUCUACCGAGUCAGACCCUUGGUUCAUCUAGCUCAGUAUUGUCUACACUGACUAGCAGCAGCUUCUCCAAGCUUUGAGGCAGGAGGCAGGGAGCGAACUAGGAACCUUCUCCAUGCAAAGCAAAUGCUCUUCCAGAGUUACUGCCCCAUCUUCUGUGAGAUCUCAAAUUAAGAUUAACCCCCCCAUCCCCCACCCCCCCGCAGCUGGAAUUUUUUAAGAUGGACCUACAUAGAUGUGUCUAACAUGUUGUGGUUUUUUUUUUUUUUUUGGUAAACUGCCCCGAUAAUAAGUUUUGGGCAGUAUAUAAAUUUGUUAAAUAACAUAUAUGUGUGGUUUGACCCUUAAGUCCCCUUCUCCGUCCCCAAGAUCAAUUAGCUAUCUCCUCCAAACAUUCAAAGAGAUAGGCCAGUAUUUCCCAAACAAAAGUUCCAAUUAAGGACACAUUGAUCAACCAUCCGGGGCUGUUAACAACCAAUCUCCCUAAUGAAGGGUGGCCAGUGUUAAUGAUGGACCACACAUUUGACAUCAGUGCCUAAUUUUGUUAAUGAGAAGGGCCAGUUUGUUGCAGUGGGGAGAGGAGGGCUGGUCUUGUGGUAGCAAGCAUGACUUGUCCCCUUAGCUAAGCAGGGUCUGCCCUGUUUGCAUAUGAAUGGGAGACUUGAUGUGUGAGCACUGUAAGUUAUUCCCCUCGGGAUGGAGCCGCUCUGGGAAGAGCAUCUAGAUCCCAAGUUCCCUCCCUGGCAGCAUCUCCAAGGUAGGACAAGAUUUUUUUAUAGGACAAGAUUUUUUUUAUUGAACCAACAAACUACCAAAGCAUACAGUACAUUCAUCUCCAAGUUAGGGCUGAGAGAAAUUCCUGCCUGCAACCUUGGAGAAGCCGCUGCCAAUCUGUGUAGACAAUACUGAACUAGAUAGACCAAUGUUCUGACUCGGUAUAUGGCAGCUUCCUAUGUUCCUAUGCUUAUCUGGAGGUUGUUUUUUUAAAAUAUGUAUAUCCCACUCUUCCUCCAAGGAGCCCAGAAUGGUGUGCACGGUUAUGUUUAUCCCCACAAGAACCCUGUCAGGUAGGUUAGGCUGAGAGAUAAGCAACUGUCCCAGGGUCUCCCAGUGAGUUUCAUGGCUGAAUGGGAUUUGAACUCAGAUCUCCCCAGACCUGGUCCAACACUCUAACCACUAUACCCCACAUAUUUGGGGUGCUAGCUGCAGCUAAUCAGUGGUGAAGAACAGGAACUCCAUACAAGCUCUGGGAAAUUCAUGUGAUUCGUUUACUUGAUUCGGGACUGAACCUUAGUGUUGCAACAGUUUCUAGGGCUUCAGCCUGGGCUAAGCCUUUGCCACCAGUGGCCAAGUGGCCAAGCCUGGCAAUCAGUGCGACAGUCAAGACAGGCUUUCUCAGCACAGAUUCUCUGUCACUCGCGUACAUUCAGAACUUUGAGUGCAUAGAAGUUGAAGGAGAUGUUCUUAUUGCUGAAGUGCAUCCUGGGCUGUAGCAUGUUUUUAAUGGAAUUCCCUUCCAGCACUGGGCCAGUUGAGAUGGUAAUCCCUCCCCCCCCCGCAAAAGACUGGUAAUCUCCCCCCUCCCCCCACAAUUAAUUUUUUUAAUUGUUAAAUUAUUUUUAGGUUUUGUGUAUGUUUUUAACUUGUUUUAUGCUAUUGUUAACCGCCCAGAGAUGAAAGUUUGGGGAGGUGUACAAAUUAGAUAGAUUAGAUAGAUAGAUUAGAUAGAUAAAAUAAAAACCAGCCCAUGAAUUUGAGAAGCUGGUUCACUGAGAGCACACACAUCCCACUGUCCUCCUGGUAUACAUCUUUACUGCAUGGCAGUGGGGUGGUUCAGAUGAAUUGCCCAUUCUGGUCCAACACAUUAAAAUUUUCAAUUUAAUGUGUUCUAGUGGAUUACCAAUCCUCGUCUCAGAGCAAGCCCACGUGAGGGGAAGAAAAAUGCUGAAUCAUCCCCUCUAUGCUUUCCAAGCGAAGGCUUCUGCUUCCCUGUACUUCUGGUAGUUCUAAGGCUGCCACCUCCACCCACUUUUUGACAGAGCUUGGCUUGGGUGGAAAUCUCAGGGAAACUCUGGGCUUGGGUGGAAAUCGCAGGGAAACUCUCCUGCUUUUGCUACUGGGAAAGUAUACAAGAACCUUCCACAUGCAAACCUACACAUGGUGAGAAAACAGGUGGUUGCUGAACGUAUGAGUGUUGCACCGUAGAAAACACCCCCUUUCCCCAAGUUAAAAAUCCACUCAGAGAGGCUUGCAAAACACAAAAGAACAAAAAGGGGGUGGGUGGACUUUAUUCGAAAUACUACAGACAGCUUCCAUCUGAGGCUCUCUCUGUUUUUAGUUACAUGUAAAAGGAAUACUCAGCAGGUUACAAGAAUACUUCAAAAAGAACCUCAGAUGAUGUUGGGGCAGCACACUUAAAAAAUCGUGGUUACCCAUUUGCAAAGCACAUGGAUAUAAGAAAAUAAAAAAGCACCUUUUUUUAAAAGCUUGCAGAGUCUUUUGCAAUGCCCUAGCUGGAUGGGUGCAGGCUUAGCUUAGUUACAUUGCAAGUAAACAACAAUAAAACAGUCUCAGGGAUAUGCAAUGCACACGAAAGCAAACAAAAGUCUAACGCACAGUCUGACUAAACAAGCUUUUCCCUGGACUAAUUUCCAGAAGCCCCAAAGCCCUGGCUUCCUUCUUGAACUCACCAAAACCAUAAUAGAGGAUUUAAGUUCCCUGCCCUUCUGGCUUUCCUGGACCUGCAGAGAGAUUUUCCUGCAGCUCAUGGCCACAUGUUCUACUCUCUGCCCUUCCAGCCAGCUUCAAAUAACCAAGAGACCUUCUCUUCCUCCUCACGGCUCUCUAGGUCCCACCCACCUGGUGUGCUGAUCAGCUGAGCUCUGGAGUUCACCAGCCUGUCAGUCAGGACAGGGUUCACUUCCGAUUUACUCUUUAGGGGAGAGGAGAGGCUGGUCAGUGGCAGAUCACUAUAGUUUUUAUUUGUGAUUUCAUUUUUAUUAGUUGUAUUUAUGUUUAUUGUUUUAUACUGUUUUAAUAUUUGAUUGAUUUGCACACCACCUAGAGAUGUUUGUAUCAGGCAGUAUGAAAAUAUGAUAAAUAAACAUUCUAACUGUUGGGAUUA